ACGCACCCAUCUACAACCUAGAUUUCCUUUUCGAGCACGCUUCGACAAAAAUCCGAGAGAGCUUCGGGGCAGCGAAGCGUCAAGGAGACUGGGACGAUUGUUACAAGUUCCUAAGAAAAAAUAUGCCUGAGGUCAUUGAGUACGUCUACAUAAACUCCACAUCCAGUCUCGACGACCGAAAUGAGGUGUUGAAUAUAGCCGAAAGGAUUCGUGAGACAUUCAACGCUACAAUUGAAAAUGUCGGCUGGAUGAACAACGAGAGCAAAGCUAUUCUGCAGCAGAAGUUAAAGGAGAUGGUUUUAGGAAUUGGAUGCCCGGAUUAUAUUUUGAACAUCACAUAUAUUGACGGUCUGUACAAACACGUACCCAGAUUCAGCACCAAUACAACUAUACUCGAAAUGAUGUACUUCCUUGAACAAAACAACUACUUGAAGGAAUUGGCUACGUUAAGGGAACCAAGGCUCAGCAACCGCUUGUUGAAAAGGUGGCAAAAAAGCGCCUUAGACGUGGGUUUCUUUUACUAUCCUCCGGAAAACCGAAUGGAAAUACCUUGGGCAAUGUUCCGUCCUCCAUUUUUCCAGCGAGGAAUUCCUCGUUCCCUAAACUUUGGUGCCAUCGGCGGGCUUAUUGCUCACGAAAUGCUCCAUGCCUUCGACGCAAGCGCUAUGAUAUACAAAAAGGUUGUAUCAAACAAAAAACUGGAUUCAAACGAUACAGCGGCGUUUAAAAGCAAAAUGAAGUGUUUUUUCAACCAAUACAAAAAUGCCAGCGAGACGCUGUGGAAGGGUAUCGACCGCGGGAAAUUUAAGGACGCCGACUAUGCUUUUAAAGAAUUCUGUAUCGACCCCGCGGACUUUUGGGACCCCGAUGGAUAUUAUAACAGAAAUGUAAGUUGCCUGCCUGAUUGCUUCAGCUGUGCAUUUGUGCUAUCCAAUCAGUAACUGUUUGCAAUAGCU